UAUUGGGCAUCUAGAGGUCUACUAGCUCUGCAUUAUUUAAGACAGGCCCGCUUUGUGAACUAACGCAUUCCAGCAAGAGCGAUAACCAAGGUUUGCAAGAUGGAUAGAUCACUCUCCGCUGACCCUGAAUCAAAAAUAUCAAUCUCUGGUGCCAGAAAAAGAGGCAGCUGGAUCACCUUCCCUUUUAUUAUUGGGGCUUUUGCCUGCUUGACACUUGCUGGUGCAGGAUGGGCAGCCAACCUGAUUGUUUAUCUUAUUGAGGAAUUCAAUGUGAAAAGUAUUGAUGCUGCCCAAAUUUCCAAUGUGGUUAAUGGUGGCUCCAAUUUAGUUCCAAUUUUUGGAGCUAUAGUUGCCGACUCUUUCUUGGGCUCUUUCUCUGUCAUCAUUAUAUCUUCUUGCAUCUCCUCUGUGGGCUUGGUGCUUUUGGCCUUAACUGCACUACUUGACUCCCUGAGGCCUGAACCCUGUGAAGAUGGAUCGAGCUUAUGCCAAACCCCAUCAAAACUCCAAUAUGCAGUCCUAUAUGGAGCCUUUGUUCUGGCAUCUACAGGCAUGGGAGGAUCAAGAUUUACUUUAGCAACAAUGGGAGCAAACCAAUUUAAUAAACCAGAAGAUCAGGGCAUUUUUUUCAACUGGUUUUUCUUCACCUUCUACUUUGUUUCCCUGAUUGGUGCCACAGCCGUCGUCUAUAUAGAGGAUAAUGUUAGCUGGGGAUUCGGGUUGGGACUAUGUGUUGCUGCUAAUUUCAUUGGUCUACUCAUUUUCAUUUUGGGAACUCGUCUCUAUCGACAUGAUAAGCCUCAAGGAAGCCCUUUCACAGGCUUAGCCCGUGUAGUUGUUGCUGCUAUACAAAAGAGGAAGGUCUUGUUGUCUUCCAAGAGUGAGGACUAUUACUAUGACCAUGAUACGAAGCCGAAAGAGCUAGCUGCUCCGAUGUCAAAGCGCUUCAGGUUCUUCAACCGAGCAGCGCUCAAAGCUGAAGGAGACAUCAAACCUGAUGGAUCCAUUACAAAACCCUGGAGACUAUGCACAGUAUCACAGGUAGAAGAUUUCAAGACUCUGAUCAGAAUUUUCCCAAUGUGGUCUACCAGUAUAUUUCUAGCCACUCCAAUCGCAAUGCAAAGCAGCUUGACAGUCCUCCAAGCUCUAACCAUGGACCGUCACCUUGGACAACAUUUCAAAAUCCCAGCUGGUUCUAUUUUAGUCAUAGUAUUAAUCAGUACAGCCAUCUUUCUCACCAUAAUUGAUCGCUUUGUCUAUCCACUGUGGCAGAACCUAACGCACAAAUCCCCUACGCCAUUCCAAAGAAUUGGAGUAGGUCAUGUGCUUAAUGUGUUGAGCAUGGCUGUGUCAGCUUUAGUGGAGUCAAGGAGGCUCCGAAUAGCCCAUGCUCAGCACCACCAGGACCAAGGAAGUUCUGUUGUGCCAAUGUUGGCCUUGUGGCUGUUUCCACAACUAAUUUUGGUUGGCAUUGGAGAAGGAUUUCAUUUUCCUGGACAAGUUGCUUUGUAUUACCAAGAAUUUCCAACCUCACUGCGUAGUACAGCAACUGCCAUGAUUUCUUUGAUCAUUGGGAUUUCUUUCUAUUUAAGUACAGCAUUGAUUGAUCUUAUUAGAAGGGUAACAGAUUGGUUACCUGAUAAUAUAAAUGAAGGGAGGCUAGAUAAUGUGUAUUGGGUGCUGGUGGUAAUGGGGGUACUCAACUUUGGUUAUUAUCUAGUUUGUGCCAAGUUGUACAAGUACCAGGAUGUUGAAAAGGUAGUGGAUGAGAGUUCUUAAGGUUCGGCUGAGUGGAGUUGAUGGUGGACAAAACGUGCAAGAAGCUUGAAUAUGGCAAUCACUAUCUUCUUCCUCUCUGUCUCUCUGUAAUUUUUUUUUACUUUGAUUUUUUGCACUAUAAAAAUUUAGAAUAAGUGAUAUAACGGUUUUAUUAAUAAUAAAGUAGAAUUAAUAAAGGUCAAGAAGUUGAGGAUUUAAUUAAUAAUUUUUCUAGUAUGCUCAAGAAUCAGCUGAUACUAUUUUUCUUCACUGCUAUUUUGCUGA